AUGCUGAAACACCGCUUCCUGAGCACAGGUGACCAGGCGGCCAAAGGGAAUUAUGGCUUGUUGGACCUGAUCCAGGCUCUGCGUUGGACGAGUGAGAACAUCGCAGCCUUUGGCGGUGACCCGUUACGUAUCACUGUGUUUGGCUCUGGCGCUGGAGCCUCCUGUGUCAACCUGCUCACGCUGUCUCACUACUCAGAGGGCAACCGGUGGAGCAACUCCACCAAAGGCCUUUUCCAGAGAGCCAUCGCUCAGAGCGGCACGGCUCUGUCCAGCUGGGCCGUCAGCUUUCAGCCAGCCAAGUACGCCCGGAUGCUGGCCCGUAAGGUGGGCUGUAACCUGGAGGAUACUGUGGAGCUGGUCACGUGUCUGCAGCAGAAACAUUACAAGGAGCUGGUGGAUCAAGACAUCCAGCCGGCACGCUACCACAUCGCCUUUGGGCCUGUUAUUGAUGGAGAUGUUAUACCCGACGACCCACAGAUAUUAAUGGAACAAGGCGAGUUCCUCAACUAUGAUAUCAUGCUGGGAGUGAACCAAGGCGAGGGCCUCAAGUUUGUGGAGCUCAUCGUGGACAACGAAAACGGCGUCCAGGCCAACGACUUUGACUACGCCGUGUCCAGCUUUGUGGACGAUCUCUACGGUUACCCCGAGGGUAAAGACAUCCUCAGAGAGACCAUCAAGUUCAUGUACACCGACUGGGCUGACAGACACAACCCGGAGACUCGCCGGAAGACGCUGCUGGCGCUCUUUACCGAUCACCAGUGGGUGGCGCCGGCUGUUGCCACCGCUGACCUGCACUCAAGCUUUGGGUCACCCACAUAUUUCUACGCCUUCUACCACCACUGUCAGACGGAGCAGGUGCCGCCGUGGGCCGACGCGGCGCACGGCGACGAGAUCCCAUAUGUGUUCGGUCUGCCGAUGAUUGGACCGACCGAGUUGUUUCCCUGCAACUUCUCCAAAAACGACGUGAUGCUCAGCGCCGUGGUCAUGACCUACUGGACGAACUUUGCCAAGACAGGGGACCCGAACCAGCCUGUCCCUCAGGACACCAAGUUCAUCCACACCAAGCCCAAUCGCUUUGAAGAGGUGGCGUGGACACGUUACAACCAGAAAGAGCAGCUGUACCUGCACAUUGGCCUCAAGCCGCGGGUCAAAGAGCAUUACCGUGCCAACAAGGUCAACUUGUGGUUGGAGUUGGUUCCUCAUCUGCACAGCCUCAACGAGGUCACGCAGCUCAUUCCCACCACCACCAAGAUUCCUCCACCAGAGGUUACCAACCGUACCCCAAAGACCAAGGUUCUGGUCACCAAGCGGCCAAACCCUACUCCGCUCCCCACCAAAUCCCAGGACAGCCACAACCAGCCACAUCUGGUGGACCAGCGCGACUACUCCACCGAGCUGUCGGUGACCAUCGCCGUGGGAGCGUCGCUGCUCUUCCUCAACAUUCUGGCUUUUGCCGCGCUUUACUACAAGAAGGACAAGCGCCGACAUGACGUCCACAGGCGCUGCAGCCCUCAGCGAAGUGCUGCCAAUGACCUGGCCCACACUCAGGAGGAGGAGAUCAUGUCCCUGCAGAUGAAGCAGCACUCAGACAUGGACCGGGACUGCAGAGGGGUUGGCGACUCCCUGCACCCGCAUGACGUGGUUCUGAGGACUGCCUGCCCGCCGGACUACACUCUUGCCAUGAGGCGCUCGCCGGACGACAUCCCGCUCAUGACGCCAAACACCAUAACCAUGAUCCCCAGCACCAUGGGGGGGCUCACCUCGCUCCACUCGUUCAACACCUACCCCAGCAGUGGGCAGAACAACACCCUGCCCCACCCACACUCACACUCCACAACCCGGGUAUAGCCCUGCGGAUUCUCCCAUGCAGGUUUGACUCUAAUGCCGCUGCCGCAACAGGGACUCAAGGCCGUCAUGGUGACAAACAGAUCAGUCAGGAGGUUAAACGCCAGCCUGGAGUCGCCAGUCACCUGUGGAAUUAAACUGGGAUUGUACCACUCCCUGUUAAUACCCGAGGGAAUAUUGGAUUUCUCGGGCUUUGGACCAGAGGGAAAAAAAAAAAAAAAAAAAAAAAAA